GGGGGAGCCCAAGCGCCGGCCCUGGGCCUCCAGAGCCCACACGAGCAGUCGCUUCGAUCUUUUCUAGGCCCGAGGCUUGGAGCCUCGCGGCCGAGGUAGGGGGAGGGGCGGCAACCGCGCCGGGAAAAUGAAACGCCCGGGAUCUGGGGACGUGCAGGGCUGCCGGGGCACGCGGGAGGCUAGGCCGUGGCGCUCCCGAGGUUUGAGCCAUUCUCUAGGACCAGCCUUGUCUCCAUUUUAAGACACUAAUCACAAUUGUCCGGUCAGAAUUAAAAGGAUACGCGAAACAAAAUGGUGAAAAAUUGCAGGAAGGGCACACUGCUUCCCCACAGGUCUAAAUUGUACGUAGUUUUGUGGGUUUUUACACAAGUUGAGGUGUUAGGAAAGGGGAAAUGAGUCGUUACAAUGUUGCUUUUGUGUCUCCGGCCGCAGCCUUAUCUUCACCUACCUUUUAAACUCCUAGGAAUUUUGGAUGUUCAGAAUGUACCCUGUGCAAGACAUUCUAUACUCUAUGGCUCAUUAGGAUCUGUCAUAGCUGCCUUGGGACAUUUUCUAUUUACUAGUAGAGUUAGAAGAUCUUGUGACGUUGCAGUAGGAGUAUUUAUUUUGGGAACUUUAGGAUGCUGGUUUCCUUGUAGAUAUAAUUAUGCAAAGCAAAGAAUCCAGCAAAGAAUUGUUCAAGAAGGAAUAAAAAACAAGAUUCUGUUUGAAAGUACCCACCUUGAUCCUGAAAGAAAACAAAUCGGCACCAAAAGCGACAAUUCUUAAUCUAGGCCACAAGGUUAAGGAACAGUUUAAAGCUUUCCUUGAAACUGCUUUGAGAAUUUAAAGUUUUGACAGGGAAGCUUUUAAAAAAUUAGAAAAUUUAAAAAUAUCUGCAGUGUGAUAAAAGUGGUUAUUAUUUCAUUCUCUGUUAAAUAUCAAUCCUGAUUGUGCAACACAAUAUGAAAUUUAUUAAUAUUGUAAUUGUGAAAUAAAUGAUAAAAUUUAAGUGUUUGGCAUACUUGGAAAUAAAAGCAUGAAAUUUUCAUCCUUUUAAAAAAAA